AUGGCCAUGGCGACCACGCCACGGACGCCGCUCCUCUCGCAGCAUCGAUCAGGCUUCGCUGUCGUCUCGGCGGCGGCGCCACGGCUCAUCGCCGUGCUCCUGGCCGUGGCAGCCUUGUCCUCCUCGUCGUCGGCGGCGGCGGCGGGCUCUCCGGAGGUCGUCGAGCUGACCCUCCUCGCAAACGCUCGGGAGAAGGGUGCGGAUUUCUACAAGUGGAAUAAAGUUGACAUUAGGUAUUGUGACGGGGGAUCAUUUGCUGGGGAUGCUGAGGGCAAAGAUCGGAAUGGAACAAAACUUUUCUUCAGAGGAUUGCGUAUCUGGGAAGCAGUCGUCGACGAACUCAUGGGGAAAGGACUGGCAACUGCUAAACAGGCCUUGCUUUCAGGUUGUUCCGCUGGUGGUCUUGCUGCCCUACUGCACUGCGAUGAUUUCCGUGCACGAUUCCCUCAGGAGAUUCCAGUAAAAUGCCUCUCGGAUUCUGGAUUCUUUCUUGAUGCAAAGGAUUUAUCAGGGGAAAGGUUAAUGCGGUCGAUCUUCAGUGGAGUUGUUCAACUUCAGAAAAGUUCUGCCCAUGGACUGCAUUGCAGAGAAGGAUCCAACAGAGAAUGUCAGAAAAGUUCUGCCCAGGGACUGCAUUGCAGAGAAGGAUCCAACAGAGGUAGUUGCUCAUUGUCUAGGAGAAAUCCACUUCUGGAUGUGUAUGCUGCCAAGUUGUCUCCAUUUGUUAACAUGUUCUUUUUUUUAGUAGAUUUGUUAACAUGUUCUUUGCACCCGUGUUUCUUUCCUGCUUGGCCAGUUCAAACACAUCACUAACGAUAGGAGCGUCCUUGGCCAGUUCAAGCUCAUGCUUGGCCCUAGCUAGCUCGUGAGACACGUCAGCCAGCGAGAUCUUGUCAACAUCCAAGUUCGCUACGUUCUCAUCAUGCUUGGCACGGAGAGCAACAAGAUCAUUCAUGUGAGAUAUGCAGCCAGCGCACUCAUCCUCACCAGAUUUCUCUCUAGCACAAGCCAGCUCAGCCCUAA